AUGCAUCGGCUCUUCGACAUACCGAAUACAAGGAUCGGAAUCACUCAAACAUCCUCAACUCUUUCCGCUCAAGCAUCAAAUCUUCAUCCAACCGACGAGAAAAUCAUGCAAGCACGCGCACAAGUUAACGAGGUGAUGGAUCUGAUGCGUGAAAACAUUGGCAAACUCGCUAAACGCGGCGAGCGGCUUGACAAUUUGGCUGAACGAGCCGAAGCCCUUGAAGCAGGCACUAAUGAUUUCUACAAAACUGCAGUCCAGGUGAAGCGCGAUCGUUACUGGAAAGCCUAUUCGAUGUACCUUGCCAUGCUGGGCACUUUUGCUGUGUUUGUCAUCGCUGGAACGACCUACUAUCAAAUG